CUUUAUCCAUUGUUUGUGGACGACCCCAGCGUCUUCCUUCACAAUUCAUACGGACCAUCAAUGUCAUCGAGGAUUCCCGCAUUAAAUAAUGGUGCGGCUUCACAAUGGAGACCGACUCAUCCCUAUGCCAGUAACUUCAACAGUCCUUCAUACUCGCCUGAAACGACGCGUCAAUGGUACCCAUACGGUAAUGGAAAUCCUCUGAUGGGUUCCCCGAAUGGUCCGCACGGUCAGGAACACGGUUCAGUCCCUUAUCCACCCGCGACAGCGUACGGAGAACGACCGCAGAAUGUUGCUACACCACCUGCCGUACCCAUAUAUUCCCAACCGCCAAGGAAUCAUGGUCAUCCGCAACAUUUGGAAUAUGAAACAGGUUACGGUCUGAUAAAUGGGCAAUCACAAGGACAGCAAGGAGUCACGGUGGUGUCCGGUCCGGCGGUGAGUAGUCAUCUUCAAUUGAUCGAAAAAACGCGUCGACAGUCGGGUAUCUUGCUCAAAUUUUUAUGCUCUCUCGAAAAGACCGAGGAAAAUCCAUCGACCAACGGUAACGGUUACAUGCGACCUAGUCAAGGUCUUUAUAAUCUUGUAUCAGCUGCCGACGUUGUCGGAGGAAGUCCAGCUCAGAACAACUCACCGCAAAUUCUCGGUCAGAAACGAAGUUUUGUGAGUGAAGAUGAGAACGAGGAUUAUAACAGCACGAAUCAACCGAGUCCUCCUCUCCCAAUUCAUCCUCCACCACCAAUGAGCGGUAUCGCCGUAAGUAACGCCAUGAACGCUGCGGCCGGAUCUUUUCCAAGUCCUA